CUUCCAGUCUCUGCUACAAAACCCUCCCAUUCUCGUCCCUCCCGUUCCACAGAGAAAAAAUGGCAACAAUCUCAUCUCUUACAACACAACUACCCACGUCCACAAAACUUGCUCUUUCAACAAACCAGUCAAAACCCUCUUUCCAAAUCCUCAAACCAGCAAGCCCUUUUAACCAUUUCCCUAAAUUCACACAUUUACAUAAAAUUCUAAACACCAAAGCCCCCCAAAGGCUCUUUGCAGUAACUGAAGAAACAGCACCGGCUGCUGCAGUAGAUCCUUCUUCAGAGGCUGCUAGGAGGCUGUACGUUGGAAAUAUUCCCAGGACUCUGACUAAUGAGGAGCUUACAAAGAUUGUUGAAGAACAUGGUGCUGUUGAAAAAGCUGAGGUUAUGUAUGAUAAGUACUCGGGUAGGAGUCGCCGAUUUGCAUUUGUUACGAUGAAAACUUCUGAGGAUGCAAAUGCGGCAAUUGAGAAACUGAAUGGCACUGAAAUUGGAGGUCGUGAGAUCAAAGUAAACAUCACAGAGAAGCCUUUGCAGUCAUUAGAUCUGCCUUCUGUCCAAUCAGAUGAAUCCCAAUUUGUUGACAGCCCUUAUAAGGUUUAUGUGGGAAAUCUUGCUAAAACAGUAGCAACGGAAACACUCAAGAACUUUUUUUCUAAGAAGGGAAAGGUUCUCAGUGCAAAGGUUUCACGAGUUCCAGGGACCUCAAAAUCUAGUGGGUUUGGGUUUGUAACAUUCUCUUCAGAGGAGGAUGUAGAAGUUGCCAUCUCAUCUUUUAACAAUUCUUUGUUGGAAGGGCAACCAAUUCGUGUAAACAAGGCCUAGUAUAGUUUGCGCAUUUUUGGAUUUGAGGAGUUGAGCUGUAUUUUGAAAAUCUGUUGCAAGCUAGUGGUUUAGUCAUGUAUUCAUCUCAUUGUCGUGAUCUUAUGAUUCUGCUGUAUGUUCUGUAAUUGUUGUAAUUUCUAGCUCACUGUUAGUUAUAAUCGCAUGCAACUUUUUUU